UCCAUUCACAUACAUCUCCGCCACUACGUCUACGUACCAACUUUAGUGUAGUUUAAUAAUGCUACCAAUUGUCCUCAACGCUACAACAUGCUUUCAUCUCUGAUCACUUGUAUAAAAUCUGCAUCACACUUGAGCCUCUCUUAAUACAUCCACAUCUGCAACUAAUUUGUAUAGAUUCACCUACCCAUGGCUCAAUCUCUGAGACCCAUCCUUUAUCUUCUUGCCCUAACUUGUGUUUUCAUCACUUGUUCUCAUAUUCAACUCACAAGUGCUCAAGCUCAAACUCUUUAUAAAACGCAUUUUAGCCAGAGUAGUCGAAGACUCCUUGGCAAUGUUCAAGAAGAAAACAAUAAUGCUCAUGAUCUUCCUUUCAAGAAAAAAAACCAAACCACAAAAUCCACCAAACCAACGAUCAUGAAACUCAGUUCAAAAUUAAACCAAACUAAGCUUCUUCCAAACCUCACAACCACCACCUCAUCACCCAAGAACAAAACCAAGCCCAUCACCAAUUCCACAUUGCCCAUUAUAAAAUCCCAGACCAAGAAGCUCAACUCCACUUCAAAACCAUCAAACUCAACCAAACCUACUUCACUCAAAUCCAAACCCAUUGUCCACCACGAAGAGCCCAUCAUCCAAAAACCCAUACAACCCAUAUGGGUUGAUGUACAAGUCACUGAUGAUGAUCUAAUCUCCGAAUUUACCGAUCUACCCUCAAGAUUCCAAGAAACAUUAUUACCAGAUUUGGAAAAAAUCUCAUCAACCUCCAAAGUGUAUCUCAAAAAGGCCAACAAAGAAAUCACCAAUGGAGUCAAACCCAUAGUGGGUAAAAAAUAUGCACCAGCCAUCGCUUCAUUAGUUUCUUGUGCAUUCAUAAUAAUCCCGUUUAUUUUAGUCUCGCUAAUUUUCAACCGUUUCAAAUCUUAUUUUUCGCUCCAAAAAUUAUUAAUAUUUAUUCAAAUAUAUCUCUACAUUUAUUUUUCGAUACUCUCUAUCUCCGGUUUAAUCACCGGUCUUGAGCCACUCGGUUUUUUUUACGUGGCUUCGCCGACCAUAUACGUGUACAUACAGGUGGUGCAAACACUUGCAUACGUGUUGUAUAUUGUGCUAUUGCUCAUGUACGUGGUCUUGGUGUUUUCGAUGGAUACUGGGCUGGGCUUGAAAGUAUUGAGCUUGGGCCAGACGUUUGUGGGCUUUGCGGUUGGGUUGCAUUAUUAUGUGACGGUGUCCCACAGGGCUGUUUUGCGUCAACUGCCGAAGACUAGCUGGAAGGUUCAAGCGGUCUAUGCCACGUGCUUCUUUCUCAUUUGUCUGUUGGACAGGGCUGAGAGAAGAAAGAAAGCUUACCUCGAAGAAAAUGGUUCCGAGGGCAAAAAGUGCUAAUUUUAAAUAUAUUUUUUUGUUUCAUUUUUAAAGUUUGUUAAAUUGGCGAAAAUUGCCUUUUAGCAGACCUUUUUCUUGUCAUUCUAACGUGUUCCUCGAAUUUUGUUUUUCUUUUUUCCUUUAA